GAUAAGAAAUAUAUCGGGGGGCCAUUGCAACAGUCACAUAUGUUUUAUUUAAAAGGCUGUCCUCUAAGACGGGAGUAGUUAUAAAAUUAUGAUUGUAGCCUAAAUUUCUAUCAAUAGCUGUCAAUCUCAACUAGCUUGCAGCCAUGGACGGCAAGUGCUACAAACUACUUUUAAUCGGCGGCGCCGUGCGCUUGUAUUUCAGUAGCACUUCAUUGCCGUCGCUUAUCGGCCAUCGCGUAGAAUUUGCCACUCCUUUAAACUCUUUCAAGCGCAUUCAAGAGGGAGUAUUUCUGCUCCAACAAGGCGUCGAUCCAUACCGAGGAGAUCUUGUGCACGAGACACCGUUGCUUCUUAAAGCAAUAUCCAGCAUUUUAAUACAUUAUGCGGAAUGGCUUCCAUUUCUCUAUAUAUUGCUCGAUUUAUGCACGGCCGCAUUGCUGUAUUCAAUGAGCCGUACUUUUGUUGCGCAAAAACUGCAACAGCAACGUCAGGAGCGCAAGGACUACGCCAAGGAUACAGAGGAGCUGCAGUACAGUGCGAAUGACAAAUACAUCAUACCGGAGCUGGUCUUGGUAGCCUACCUAUUCAAUCCAUUGACAAUACUCAGCUGUGUGGCACUGACCUCCACUGUGCUGAGUAAUUUGUUAUUGGCAAUGUUUCUAUAUACGAUGAUCAGGCGCCAGCUCUUCAUAAGCGUCGCUCUGCUCGCAUUUGAGACCGUCCGCAGCCUCUAUCCGGUUGUGCUUAUCGCGCCGCUGCUUUUACUCUUUGCCCGCCGGUCUGUCAGCCUGGGCAUCGGUAUAUGCUUACUUUUUGCAACUUGCUGUUUGGCUGUGGCCGGUGCAAACUACUUUGUUAUGAAUAGCUGGAAUUUUUUAGAUGGAACACUCGGUUUUAUCUUCUACUUUCGCGAUCUGCAGCCCAAUAUUGGACUGUUUUGGUACUUUUUCACCGAAAUGUUUGAACACUUUCGCACCAUGUUUCUUAUAACAUUUCAGCUAAAUGCCACCGUUUUGUACCUGGUGCCUCUGUCCAUAAAGCUGCGCAAGGAACCGCUUCUCUUGGCCACCGUCCUCGUUUCGCUAACGGCAGUUUUUCGAGCAUAUCCUAGCCUAGGUGACGUCGGUUUCUACUUGGCCUUAUUACCACUCUGGCGCCGCUGCUGGAAGUUCAUGGCGCAUGGUUUUGUUGUGUUUACUUUCUUCCUCAUAACGUUGUCCAUGAUGGGCGCCUUGUGGCAUUUGUGGAUCUAUGCCGGCUCUGCAAACGCGAACUUUUACUUUGGAGCUACGCUCGCUUUCUGCACGGGUCAAAUAUUUUUAAUUACAGAUUUGCUUUUUGCGCACGUGAAGCGGGAGUUCUGUCUGUAUAAUGGCCAAAAGAUCAUGAUUGAUGGGGAAGAGGCGCGAAUACUGCUAGAAUAAACUGAAUAUGGAUACUCAAAUAAAAAGAACAUCUUUAUUCAACAUAGACGAGCAAUCAUUAUAA